AUGGAUGUCCAUCGUCAAGUGUUCUUCAAUUACCGGGGAGAGGAACUGCGAUACAACUUCAUUAGCCACCUCAUUAAAGCCUUUGAGAAGCACGAGAUCAACUUCUUCGUAGACAAAUACGAGCAGAGAGGCAAAGAUCUCAAAAAUCUGUUUGUAAGAAUUGAUGAGUCGAGAAUCGCGCUGGCCAUCUUCUCUACCAGGUACGCGGAAUCAAGCUGGUGCAUGGACGAGCUUGUGAAGAUGAAGAAGCUUGCGGACCAGAGAAAGCUCCAAAUCAUCCCAAUCUUCUACAAAGUGAGUGCAACAGACGUUAGAAAACAGACAGUGGAGAUCAGAUCAGGAAAUGGAAGGAAGCCUUGGAGUGUGUAUCCAACAAGAUGCUCUGAAGCCGAUUUUGUCAAGGAGAUUGUUAAGGAGGUCAAGAGAGUUAUAACAGCAACUGGUUUAGAGGAAGAAGAAGAUAUUCAUUUAGAGGAAAAAGGAGAAAGCUUGAGAACUGCUGAUAAGUAUAAGCGAGGUUACUUCCGUCAGAAGAAAAGGAAUUUGAAUGAGGAGCGAGGUGACUUGGAGGAACGAGCGGGGGAGAUUCAAAAUGAAGAAAUUGAUGACGUGGCAGGGAAGGGUGAAGAUCGAGAGACUGGGAAUGAAUUAGAGUCUUUGCAGUUGGAGUUCAAGGACGCAGAGAUGACUGUUAAAUACGAAUAG